AAUCACCUGAGAAAUGGCUGCACACCUCAGAGUGGCUGGAAGGAGAUGUGCAGUGAUCGGCGGGUCAGGGUUCUUGGGCCAGCACAUGGUGGAGCAGCUCCUGGAGAAGGGUUACGUGGUCAACGUGUUUGAUAUUCAGAAGAGAUUUGACAGUGACCAAGUGCAGUUCUUCCUGGGAGACCUUUGUGACAAAGAGGCCUUGCUCCCAGCUUUACAAGGGGUGUCAGUGGUAUUUCACUGUGCAUCACCAGCACCUUCAAGUGACAACAGGGAACUGUUUUACAAGGUGAAUUUUAUGGGAACCAAAGCAGUCAUUGAAGCCUGCAAAGAAGCUGGAGUGCAGAAGCUGGUGUUAACUAGCAGUGCCAGUGUGGUUUUUGAGGGCACAGACAUAAAAAAUGGAUCCGAAGACCUCCCGUAUGCAAAAAACCCGAUCGACUAUUACACAGAGACAAAGAUCCUGCAGGAGAAGGAGGUGCUCAGGGCGAAUGACCCAGACAACAACUUUUUCACUACUGCUAUUCGUCCCCAUGGAAUCUUUGGUCCCAGGGACCCUCAGCUCGUUCCCAUCCUCAUCCAAGCAGCCAAGAGUGGCAAAAUGAAGUUCAUCAUUGGGGAUGGAAAGAACUUGGUGGAUUUCACCUAUGUGGAAAACGUGGUUCAUGGACACAUCCUGGCUGCAGAACAUCUUCAGAAAGACUCUCCCCUGUGUGGGAAGGCAUUUCAUAUCACAAAUGAUGAACCAAUUCCUUUCUGGGCUUUCAUGUCCCGUAUCUUAACCGGACUGAACUACGACCCUCCCAAGUACCACAUUCCCUACUGGCUAGCAUAUUACCUGGCCCUGUUCCUGUCCCUGCUGCUGUGGCUGCUGAGCCCUGUGGUCACCAUCAAGCCCACUUUCACCCCCAUGAGGGUAGCAUUGGCUGGAACCUUUCACUACUAUAGCUGUGAGCGGGCCAAGAGAGACAUGGGCUACAGCCCAGUGGUCAGCUUGGAUGAAGCCAUAGAGAGGACUCUGCAGAGCUACCCCCACCUGCGCCGGGCCAAGGCCUGACAAGUCCUUGAUGGAUUUUAUGGUUUUGCCACUUGAUUUCCAUAAUUGCUUUGAUUUGACAUCUUAGCAUGAACACUGAAGCAAACCUCACUGAUUCUCUGGGACAGGGAGUUUUCCCCAAGCCCUUCCUCCUCCUC